UGGCGGCGGCGCGGCUCCAGCAUCUGGCAGUAUGGGCCGCCGACCCGCGCGCUGUUACAGAUACUGCAAGAACAAGCCGUACCCCAAGUCUCGCUUCUGCAGGGGUGUCCCCGAUCCCAAGAUCAGGAUCUUUGACUUGGGCCGCAAGAAGGCAAAGGUGGAUGAAUUCCCGCUAUGUGGCCACAUGGUCUCUGAUGAGUACGAGCAGCUCUCCUCUGAAGCUCUGGAGGCGGCCCGUAUCUGCGCCAACAAGUACAUGGUGAAGACGUGCGGCAAAGAUGGUUUCCACAUCCGCAUGCGGCUCCACCCCUUCCACGUCAUCCGCAUCAACAAGAUGUUGUCGUGCGCGGGGGCCGACAGGCUCCAGACGGGGAUGCGAGGUGCGUUUGGGAAGCCACAGGGCACCGUGGCCCGGGUGAACAUUGGCCAGGUCAUCAUGUCCGUCCGCACCAAGGUGCAGAACAAGGAACAUGUGAUCGAGGCUCUGCGGCGAGCCAAGUUCAAGUUCCCCGGCCGGCAGAAGAUCCACAUCUCCAAGAAGUGGGGCUUCACCAAGUUCAACACGGAGGACUUUGACGAGAUGCUGACAUCUAAACGGCUGGUUCCCGACGGCUGUGGGGUGAAGUACAUCCCCAGCCGGGGCCCCCUCAGCAUCUGGCGGGCUCUGCACACCGCCUGAGGGCUUCCUACUCCCUCUCCCUCUCCCUAUCUGGUGAAUAAAGUCCCAGUGAGUCUGA